UUCUGCUGUGAUGUCGGUGUGGCUCCAUGUUUUGUAGGCGUUUGUUGUUUCUCUCUUCGCUCGGGUUCACCGACGGGUUUCCAUUUUCACGAUUGGAUUCAACCAGAACAACAAUAAUAUGGAUCCGGACAUGGAGGACAAAACCCUGGAGCUGAUGUGUUCUUUGCCUCGUUCUGUCUGGCUGGGUUGUUCGUCGGUGGCAGAGAGUCUGUGUGCUCUCAGAUGCGUGCAGAGCCUCCCGUCUUCCCGGGCCCACAACCAGAGCAUGAUGGUGAUGGAGUCACAGAAUAACACAGGUGACGUCUCACCCAAGAAGACAACAGUGUUCAAGUUCGGGAAUGGUUCAGUGGCAGGUUCGAGGAAGAGGAUGUCGCAGGGGAACUUCGAGAAGGAGAAAGAUCUGUGCACCCAGCUGUUUGAUCAGUGGUCCGAAUCGGAUCAGGUGGAGUUUGUGGAGCAUCUGAUCUCACGCAUGUGUCACUACCAGCACGGCCAUAUAAACUCAUACCUUAAACCCAUGUUACAGAGAGCUUUUUCUCUAUUCAUCCACGUUAUUUUGUGCCAGGGUCUGGAUCACAUAGCGGAGAACAUCCUCUCGUUUCUCGACGCUCGUUCUCUGUGCUCUGCUGAGCUGGUCUGUCGAGAAUGGCAGCGGGUCAUUUCAGACGGGAUGCUCUGGAAGAAGCUCAUCGAGAGGAUGGUGCGCACAGACCCGCUGUGGAAAGGCCUGUCAGAGCGCCACCAGUGGGAGAAAUAUUUAUUUAAGAACCGAACUAACGAGGUUCCGCCCAAUUCAUACUACCAUUCACUCUAUCCCAAAAUUAUACAAGACAUUGAGACUAUUGAAGCAAACUGGCGUUGUGGACGUCACAAUCUCCAGCGGAUUCAGUGCCGGUCAGAGAACAGUAAAGGUGUUUACUGCCUUCAGUACGACGACGACAAGAUCAUCAGCGGCCUGCGAGACAACUCCAUCAAAAUCUGGGACAAACAGUCUCUGGAGUGUCUGAAGAUCCUGACGGGUCACACUGGCUCGGUUCUGUGUCUGCAGUACGAUGACAGAGUCAUAGUGACAGGCUCCUCUGAUUCAACUGUCAGGGUGUGGGAUGUUGUUUCUGGUGAGGUUCUCAACACUCUGAUCCAUCACAACGAGGCAGUUCUGCACCUGCGCUUCUGGAACGGUCUCAUGGUGACGUGUUCGAAAGAUCGCUCCAUCGCGGUGUGGGACAUGGCGUCUGCGACCGACAUCAGCCUGCGCCGCGUGCUCGUGGGUCACCGCGCCGCCGUCAACGUGGUGGACUUUGAUGACAAAUACAUUGUGUCUGCGUCUGGAGACAGAACCAUAAAAGUGUGGAGCACAAGCACGUGUGAGUUUGUACGGACGCUUAACGGUCACAAGCGCGGCAUCGCUUGCCUUCAGUACAGAGACAGACUCGUGGUCAGCGGGUCCUCUUAUUAUGUGUUCAGACUGUGGGACAUUGAGUGUGGUGCUUGUCUGCGUGUGCUGGAGGGUCAUGAGGAGCUUGUGCGCUGCAUCAGAUUCGACAACAAGAGGAUCGUGAGUGGAGCAUAUGAUGGGAAAAUUAAAGUUUGGGAUUUACAGGCAGCUCUGGAUCCUCGGGCCCCUGCCAGCACGUUAUGUCUGCGUACACUCGUGGAGCAUUCUGGGCGUGUGUUCCGACUGCAGUUUGAUGAGUUCCAGAUUAUUAGCAGUUCCCAUGACGACACGAUCCUUAUAUGGGACUUCCUGAACGUCUCCACCAAUGGGCAGCCGGAGAGGCGAUCGCCCUCACGGACAUAUACAUACGUCUCCAGAUAGCAGGUGCCUCUUCUAUGUGCCAGUGUGUCCUGGGAGAGCUGAGAGCUGAUUGGUUGUUGGCCAUGUCCGUCACAGAAUGGUGCCUAAGGAUCCGCCUCUUUUUCUCUGUCUGACUAUAAACUUACAGAAAAACAUACACAGAU